CCCAGAAACAGGGAACGCCAUCCACCGCUGCUGGGAAUUGUAGUCCAGUGCGUGAUCGAGGACUGACCCUUUGGAAUUGCAUCUAAAUAUAUGAUUCUGCAUACUGGCAGAGCCAGCAAUAGGAGACUCAGAGUAAAUGCGAUACAUUAACAUUGAUGAAUGAUCUAUGUUAAUCCAAUGAGUUGGCGUGAGGAUUCCUCGAAAUGUUUUCUAAGUCUGCCCCUAAACUUCCAGAAACUCUCGUCUUGAUUGCAGAUACGCGGCUGUGCCGUUGUCUCCACAUGGAAGAUCGCGGUAUGGAGCUGACCAACUCCUUCUAGUCACUUCACUCACGAUCAAGUAAACCCCAGAGCGAGCUAAUUUUUGUUUUAAAAAAAUCACAGUAAAGGAAAAUCGGAGGGGAUAAACUACAGACCCCACAAUUCCGUGUAAUAAUUCCUUUCUCCUCCUCCUGGAAAACGUCACGUAGCGUCACGGAGCAGUCGGAUCGGUUGGAGUCGGAUACUUUGUUGGGAAAGUCUGGAGUCGAACUGCUCGCGGGUGCGAAACUGUCAAUCAUCCCCGGAAGAGUGGUCGGGCCGCAGUGGGGCACCGGGGCACAGUCCGCACCGCAUUAUCAUCACUCCCAGUACCACCAUCUACUGUACCAAGUACGCUUUCUUAUCGCCGAUCGCUGAGCAGGGAUUGGACAAGAGAACGUGAGAAGGAAGGGAGGGAGAACGAGCGCUGGAGCGAGUGUACCUGGGCUGUACUGAGAAGUUGGGUCAUAGUUCCUGGACUGUCUGAGGCACGAUUCUGGUUUGCUUUUUGCCCUCAUUUGUCGCGCUUAUAAGCCGAGUGAGAAGAUGAGCGGCGGCGAUAUUGUCUACAGCGGCUGGUUGAGGAAGUCCCCACCGGAGAAAAAGUUGAGACGUUACGCAUGGAAGAAGCGGUGGUUUGUACUUCGAAGUGGCCGUCUGACAGGAGAUCCGGAUGUGUUGGAAUACUACAAAAAUGAUCACGCAAAGAAACCGAUCCGUGUCAUUGACUUAAAUCUUUGUGAGCAAGUGGAUGCUGGCCUGUCCUUUAAUAAGAAAGAUCUUGAGAACAGUUAUAUUUUUGAUAUUAAGACAAUUGACCGCAUCUUUUACCUGGUGGCAGACACCGAAGAAGAAAUGAAUAAGUGGGUCCGAUGCAUUUGUGACAUCUGUGGGUUCAAUCCUACCGACGAGGAUGCUGUUAAACCAUCUGGCACUGCCCUGACCGAGGUACCUCUUUCUGUUAAUGCUGUACAACCCUCCAUGCCAUCAGUAAUUCCCACGGGCUCACUACCUCCUCCAUAUCAGCCAAUUAGCAUACAGCAUCUGGAGUCUUUGUCCAGCCAAGAAGAUCCACAGGAUUAUCUGUGGUUAGCCAACUGUGAAAGUAAAAAGCCUGAACCCCCCAGUCAUGCAUCAUCAUUUGCCACAGAAGAAGGGGACGAGUAUCUUUUGCUGGAAGAUUUUGAGAGCAAAAAGCAGCCAUUUCACAUUCAGUUGCAUGCAGAUUCUUCGACCAAGUGCACAUCAUCAGAAACUGAUUGCAAUGACAAUGUACCUUCACACAAACCCCCAGCGCCACCCGCACCUAAACAGGCAAUGAAUGGCUUCUUCUCACAACCAAGUUUUUAUGAUUCCCCCCCACCCAGAAUCACGUCAAAGUCUACAGAUUCAAAUCUUUACAACCUGCCAAGGAGUUAUUCUCCAGACAUGAUUACUGGAACUUGUUCACUGUCUACUGCUGAUAGUGACAGUGAUUUGUAUGUAUUUAAUACUCCUUCACGGAUAUCUGGCAUAGAGAAUCAAAUGAAGCAGAUGUCUGUUUGUUACGACAUUCCUCCAACUCCUGGGGGCUCAUAUCAGAUUCCACGACUGCCAGCUGAGGGGGCUCUGAGUCAGAGCUGCUCGAAGUUGGAACCUAUACCAGAUGUUCCUCCACCUCGUCCACCAAAACCUUCUGUAUCCCAUGACCGCUCCCCAGUGGAUACCUACUGCGUACCUCGAUCAUCCUCGGAGGCCGAUACCAAUUACAGCAUUCCCACGUCUGGCAAAACUCUGCGAAGCAAUACCAUUGGCACCGUGGAAGGCCACUGGCUGAGAAAAGACUGUGGUCCUCAAGAUAGCUAUGAUAUUCCUCGAAAGUUUUCAAAUUCAGUCGAUCUUGGGGAAGGCUUUAGCAGUUACCUGCAAAAGAAGGGUAUGAUGCCACUAGCAAGUUUGGGGAAUGAAGAAGCUGACCAGAACUAUGUGCCCAUGGAUGCUAGCUCUCCACCACGCCUACAGUCAGCUAGCCACGCAGAGCCAGUCCAGGACACUAAUUAUGUUGCCAUGACGCCUAGUACUUUUGAUUUCCCAGCACUGGGGAUGCAGGUCCCACCUCCGGCACACAUGGGUUUCAGGGUGAGCCCCAAAACUCCUCCCAGGAGACCGGUGCCUAAUGCUGACUGUCAGCCUCCACCAGUGGACAGAAAUCUUAAACCUGACAGAAAAGGUCAAAGUCCUAAAAUAUUAAGAGCUAAACCUGUUUUAGAACGAACUGAUACUCAAACCAUAGGUGACUUUACUCCAAGACGACACAAGGUUAAACCUGCUCCGCUGGAAAUUAAACCUUUAUCUGAAUUUGAAGAAAUACAGGAAUUAGCUCCAGUUAGAUCACCGGUGACCAAAACCUUUACCAGAGAAAGCAGCCACUCCAGGUUUCCUGUCAAUCCCCGGCCAGCCUCCGUUCACAGCACUGCUUCCAGCACUGAUUCACAGGAGGACAGUGAGGAGAACUACGUGGCCAUGGAGUCUGCUCCCUCCACAGAUGAUCCAAGCAUAAAAGGAGUACUGCAGUGUUGUGAUGGGGGAAGUAGUUUAACAAGAUCUAAAGGCGACAGACAACAAGUUGAGUAUUUAGACUUGGAUCUGGACUCUGGAAAAUCAACACCACCACGGAAGAAAAGCAAUGGUACAGGUACAGUAGCAACAGAUGAAAAAGUAGACUAUGUAUUGGUGGACCAAGAACGAACACUCGCACUGAAGAAUACCAGAAAAGCAUGGACCGAUGAAAGACAAUCUACUGAGUCAGAAACUCCAAUUAAAAGUGCAAAGUGACU